CUGACACCUGAACCGGCACAUCGAACCCUGAUGGAGCACUGCUGCAUUUACCUCCACUUCCUCCUCCAAAGAAACCCUCAGCUCUGCCAUGUUUGAACCUGAACAUGCCGCUGUACACCAAGAGGACCAUGCAAUUUCAAGGUGUUGGGUGGGUGUGUUGAACUGUCUCCUGUUAUCCUGUCUGUACGUUGGUAGUUUGUACAUCUGGAGGAGCAGCUUACCCAGGGACCAUCCCAGUGUAAUAAAGCGUCGUUGUGUCAGUGUCUUGUUGGUCUCUGCCUUGUCACCGGCAGUGGUGAAGACGUGGAUGCACUGGUCUGAUGUCAGGGUCGGUGCAUCUGUUUGGGAGCUGAUGGGAAUUCGCUUGGAUGGUUUUGUUCCUGCAGCCGUACUGCCACUGCUCCUAACAAUGGUAUUUUAUCUCGGUCCACUGGUUCAUUCUGUGAUGGAAAACCCUAAAGGAUUCACUGGGGAACUGCAGUCAGCAGUAGAUGUCCAGUCAUGGAGGUUGUGUGUGGAAGAUGCAGUGUGGCUCAGGAACCAGGUGGUGGCGCCAGUGACAGAGGAGCUGGUGUUCAGAGGGGCCAUGCUGCCCAUGCUGGUGCCCUGCACAGGACCCAGGGCCGCUGUCUUCUUGGCUCCGCUGUUUUUUGGAGUUGCUCAUUUCCAUCAUAUCAUAGAGCAACGACGUCUCCAUAAGGACAGAAUGAGUGUCAUCCUCAUGGUGUCAGGGAUGCAGUUCUUAUAUACCACUGUGUUUGGUGCCUAUACUGCCUUCAUAUUCAUGAGAACUGGUCACGUUGUAGGUCCCAUUUUGUGCCAUUCAUUCUGCAACAGCCAGGGUUUGCCUGACAUCAGCUCUGCCCUCAAACACCCUCAACGUCCUGCUCUGCUAUUCUCAUACCUCAUGGGACUGCUGUUGUUUUUGGUGCUGCUCUUCCCAUUGACAGACAGCUUUUUCUACGGUGUUAUUCCCAUCUGCAGUCUGGCUCCACCUCCAGUGUCUGCAUGCUAAAUUAGAUUAAAUAUAUUCCUGCUCUUAUGACUCCUUUUUUGUAACUCUGAAGUUAAUUUUAAAGCAAAAGUUAAAGUAUUUUUAUAGUG